CGUCUCGUUCGGUCUUCACUCCCUCUCCCUCAAGUUCGAACCUAAUACGCAGUUGUGCAACCUCUCCGCCCUCCUCCAUCACCGUUCCUCGCCGUUGUGCCUCCCAUUGCAUCAUCUUCUUCUUCGAAACUCUAGUCUCCAGGUUUAUUCUCUCUCUCUCUCUUGAAUCACAUAGGUCAUGUUUAAUUUCGAUUUAUUAAUUUCAAGAAAAUUUCACACUGCUUUCACCUUUUAGGGUUUUCCACUUUUAGGGCUUUCUUCCGUUAUUAUUGGAAUCCCAAUAAUUUAAAGCAUCCUGCAAUUUGCAAUCAUCAUUGUAGAAACCCGAUUGAGUAACCGCUAUUAUUGUGCUGUGAAACUUUCUAUAUCUCCCAAUCAUUGCUUCCUCAUUUGUGGUUUUGUUGGAUGACAGGUAUACAUGAGUGUAGUUACAGAUUCUCCCGCACAUUCUUCUGGCAGCGAUGACUUCAUUUCAUAUCUCAAUGAUGCUCUAGAUGCAAGUUCACCCGACUCAUCGGCAGAUGAAGAAGCUGAAACCCAAGACGAGUUUGAGGAUGUCAGCAGAAAUAAAAGACGUAAGUUGGAGAGCACUGAAGAAACUGAGGGGUCUACUUCAGAAGGAAUCAUGGAACAUAAACUAGAGUCAUCCGUGAAGGUAGAUGUAUGUACACAUCCUGGUUCAUUUGGAGAGAUGUGUAUACGUUGCGGGCAAAAGUUGGAUGGGGAAUCUGGCGUGACAUUUGGGUACAUACACAAGGGAUUGAGACUUCACGAUGAGGAAAUUUCUAGACUGCGCAAUACAGACAUGAAGAAAUAUUUAUUUAGUAAAAAGCUUUACUUAGUUCUUGACCUAGAUCAUACAUUGCUAAAUACCACUAUCCUUGGUCAUUUGAGCUCAGAAGAGUUACAUUUGCUUAACGAGACAGAUUCUCUAGAAGAUGUCUCCAAAGGCAGCCUCUUCAAACUGGAGCAUAUGCACAUGAUGACAAAGUUGAGGCCCUUUGUCCGUACAUUUCUUAAAGAAGCAAGUGAAAUGUUUGAGAUGUACAUCUACACCAUGGGUGAUAGGCCCUAUGCAUUGGAGAUGGCCAAGCUGCUUGAUCCUCAAGGAGAAUACUUCAAUUCUAAAGUGAUUUCUCGAGAUGAUGGGACUCAAAGGCAUCAAAAGGGGCUUGACAUAGUGUUGGGGCAAGAAAGUGCUGUCUUAAUUCUUGACGAUACAGAACAUGCAUGGAUGAAGCAUAAAAACAAUCUGAUAUUGAUGGAAAGAUACCAUUUUUUUGCUUCAAGCUGUCGGCAGUUUGGCUUCAAUUGCAAAUCUCUUGCUGAAACGAAGAGCGAUGAAAAUGAAACAGAUGGAGCACUUGCAAAAAUACUUGAAAUGCUCAAGGAAGUCCACUGCACGUUCUUUGAUAAACUUCAAGGAGAUCUUGUUGAUCGAGAUGUGAGGCAGGUUUUAUCAUCAGUUAGAGGGAAAAUCUUAAGCGGGUGUGUGAUCAUUUUCAGCCGUAUUAAUCAUGGUGCAUUACCAACUCUCAAGAGGAUUGCGGAGCAAAUGGGAGCUACCUGUUUGAUGGAACUUGACCCCACUGUGACACAUGUGGUUGCUACUGAUGCUGGAACUGAGAAGUCUCGGUGGGCAGUUAAAGAAAAGAAGUUUUUGGUUCAUCCCCGAUGGAUAGAGGCUGCAAACUACUUUUGGCAAAAGCAACCAGAGGAGAACUUCGUUGUGAAGAAGACCACUAAUCCGUUGUAGUAUAGCACUGCCCUAUUGGAGACGAAUCAAAAACUUCUUUUAACUUCUCUUCUUGGUAGAAGCAACGCGAGGAUAGUAUAACUUUUUGCUUGUUUUCAUUGCUCCACAUGUUUUUAGCCUUUCCUUCAUUCCAACAAAAAUUUAGUCUUUCAUGAUAAUUUUUGAGUUUAUGAAACAAAAGAAGUGGAAGGUUUACAAUGAUAUUGCGAUUAUAACAUGUAUAGUAAUUUUUGGUUCUUAUUGUUUUGUUGUACUUGCUUGUAUCCAA